GAGAUUUUUUUCAUUAUAUUUUUAUUCAGAAAAAAUAUGCUGUCGCACAAAAACAUAUUUAGUUAUAUAUCGUCUUUGCAGCGCACCACAAUAAAUUAUAGUGGCAUACGAAUUUACACAUGGGCCAAAUAGUACAACAAUUACAUCCAUUCUAAAAUAUGUUUUAAUGAAGCGAUACUUUUUUAUUGAUCAAGGAUAUUAAAAGAGAGCACAUUAAAAACAAAAAGAAAAACUAAAACAAAAUGAAGGUGUUGACAAUAAUAACCGUGAUCGUAUUCAUUGAAACAUCAAAAGCAUAUCGCUACGACUAUAGAAAACAUGAAUAUAGAACAAAUGCCAAGCAAAAAACAAACAUAUACGACAAUGGGCAGCGCAUGCAAGAGGUAUACGAUGUUGUAAAGAAAUAUCAUGAGGAUGAUGAUGGCGUUGAGGGCGAUGAUAGCAUGGAGGUGUUGUACAACAAACCGGAAGCGGAAAUGAAAUCCGGUUCAGAGGCCACAAUAGAGGUUGACGCACUGCAUUGUCCCCAGGGCUGUGUGUGUCAAUACGCACACUUCUCCGAUUUGCCCAUAUCGCAUUGGAUUAAUUUUAUGCAGCAAAAGGCAUCGAGUUCAGCCACUGGGAAUGCUGCGCCUGACGAUGACCUUAUAAACGACAAUGAAUCAAACUACGAAGGUGACCUGAGUUAUCUCAUUAAUCCUUUUGUAAAGCAAUCCACUUGCAUAAUACAGGAAGAUACGGACACAGAAAAACUCAUAGGCACCUUGCCCCAUGACAUACAGGCCUUGGUUUUGUUGUACACCGGCAUCGGCAGAAAUAAAACAGUGAACACCAAUAUUUUGAAAGCGCUAAACCAAUUACAGACACUGGAGGUAAGGGGCUCCCAAGACCGUGGCUUACGCUUAGUAUUGGAUGCCCCUUUGCACUUCUUAAAACACGCUAACUUUGAGUCCAUAACCCUUAUGGGAUCGGAAGUGGUAAAAAGACCCAACAAUUUCGUACAUCCCAAGGAGGUCUUCAAAUAUAAACCAAAUAUCGAGUUAUUAAACAGCAUGGAGUUCACCGAAGAGGAUAUCAACACCAAACACUACGAUCGCAAGUUGCUUGUCGAGUUGCAACAACAAGAGCAAGAGGAAUUAGAAAUUGUGCCCUAUGAAGUGUACAUAGAAGAAGUAAAGAAGGCAAAAAUGCCCACCUUUUAUGGCUGGGAACGUUUAGAAGUGCUACGCAUACAAGCGUGUGGCAUGCAGGAGCUAUCUUGGGAGAUGUUUAUGGGGCUAGACGAACUGCAACAUCUGUCCCUGGAGCAGAACAAUAUUGAAGUGGUGCCACCAUUCGCCUUAUCAGGCGCCACACAAUUGAAAACCUUAUCGCUGGCACACAAUGCUAUACACGAUUUACACUAUCGUAACUUAGCCGGCUUAUUUGAAUUACAAGUAUUGGACUUAAGCGAUAAUCGUCUAACAAAACUAACAGAAUUGAGCUUUCCGCCCUUGCCCAAAUUGGAGCAAGUUGAUUUUCGCAACAAUCCCAUCCGUUAUAUAUUUCCAGCCAGCUUUUGGGUCAUGAAUAACACAAGAGAAAUGUAUUUUGGUUCGAAUGAAACUCCCCUCGAACUAUGGGGCAAUCAACCAUUUAAGAAGCUCACACAACUCAGGCAAUUGGAAAUAAACAAUGUUUCCAUAAAUUAUUUGGAACAGAAUAUUUUUAAGGACUUAAUUUCGCUGCAGAAGCUUAAGCUAAGGGGUGAGAUAAAUUCUCUUGAGUUUGAUGCUUUUUCCGGAUGUUCAGAGCUGUCGGAAUUGGACUUGUCUCACUGCCAAAUCAAUGACAUUUCAAUGGACGCCUUUAUGGGCUGUAAAAGCUUGCGAAUGAUUAACUUAUCACACAACAAUAUAACCUACAUAACUCCAGGACUCUUUGAUGAUCAACCUAAUCUUGAGGAAAUCUACUUAAAUAACAAUCAUCUGAAAACCCUCCCCAAAACAUUCUUCCAGCAGCGAAAACUUAUGGUGGCUCGACUUUCUGAAAACCCCUGGAAAUGCUCUUGCGAUAUGGCCAAUUGGAAGGCGAAAAUAACCAACCAAGAAAAUGUCCCCCCCACCGAGAGGUGUAUCAAUGACUAUUUCUCAGGCAAGAAAUUGUCUUGUCGCAAAUUCAGCAACUAUAAAUUUAACAAACAGUUUGCCCCUCGCUGCCAGAAUUUCAAUGGACGCACAGUGUUCUAUGUGCUACGAAAACAGAUGCAAUGUGGCACUCAAUAUCUUCAGUUGAAAAAUCGAGUAUCUUCUUCAAAUCACAGAUUGCCCCACUGGCGUAAAAUGGAGGCGAGACUGCGAACCUCCAAAAACAAUCUCACAGAGCAGCCUUACGAUGAAGGUAGUAAUCCAUUAUCAAAUCGCAUGCUAUGGCAAUUGCAGAAACAGGAGAAAGUCCAAGCCACGUUAAGAAAUCUUCAUGAAAAUUCAUUGGAUUACCAGUUUGCCAAAGUGUCGCAUGCCAAGAGAACGGAGCACGCCGCAACAGACGUUCAGAAUGAAAUUUGAUGUGUCGUGUAUAGAUGCAAUAUUUUUUGAAUUAGUAUCAGCCUUUAUUUAGAACAUAAAAAUAGUCAUUUUAAGAAUAAAUAAUACUGAAUAAAACAAACCAACACGAAUGUACAAAAAGAAUAAGAAGACUAAAACUCCAAAUACAACGUAA